AGGGGAAUGUGGAAGCACUUGGGACGGUGUGCCUUUCGAAGAAUGGGUGGUAUAUGUUUUGCAUGCACCUAGCGGCGGGACGAGACCCGAUGUGGAUUUUAGAGGAUGCCGAGCGGUUAACUUGGGAAAUGGGGCAGGAUUUUGCAAAUGAGGGGUGGGAUGAAGUGGGAAGCAGGGUCGUGAUGGGGGGAUGGGAGGACCUUAGGCUCCCCUACCAGUUAGUCCAGGUGAGGGUGCCACAUUUUGUUGCAGACUGGUUCGGAGGGUACGAACAUAUCCGCGCCGUAGCGAAAUCCAUGAACGAGGUGGAGAUAGGCUUCGCCUGGUUAUCAGAUGCUUAUUACGAGGCGUCGUUGCGAUUCGGGCCGUUUCACGGGGACCAGGCUGAGGAAGUGGUUGAGAUCCUGAAGGAACUGAAGGACUACCGACUAGAGGUAGGAGAGGAAGUCGAGGAGGCGAUACUCCGUCGGGAAAUAGCCGCAGCACCCUCGUAUGUAGGGGACGUCUUCUUGCUGUUUGAGAAAUCAAGAGUGAGGAGCGGGAGUAGGGAACGAGAAAUGGCUAGGCGUAUGACGCUUUGGGAAACUCGGCCGCGAGGGAUCUUGUCGCCAAGUUUCUUGGAUAGAAGGGUGGAGGUUAGCCUGCCCUCCAGAGGCGGGGUGUAUAAUCCGGUGAUGGACUGGGUUGGGGAAGAACUGGUAGAGGACACGGUGUACCUGGUGGUGGAACUAGAAUGGCGCGCAAGGGGUGAGUUUGGGGGCACCAACCUGGAAUUGCCAGGACGGGUGCGCGCGACAGGGUCCCUAUACUUGUCGGAGGCGGGAUGGCGGACCUUCGGGGUGGCCUUGGCGGAUGGCGGUGACCCCGUACGGAUGUUUGACGGGGCGUGGCAGGUGACCUGGAGGGAAGGGUUUGCGUUCGCCAACCCGGACCAGGAUGACGUGACGACGACCGUCCGGGUGGUCGAGGACCUCGGGCAAGGAAGCCAGGAUGGGGAUGCACAACAUAGGAAGGAUCGGCCCAGAGACACGAGGGACACCCCAACAAGGAAAGGGAAAGAAGGAAUAGAAUUCCUUAGGGAGGAUAGGGAUAGACCAGUCAAUCCACCCCUACUGGACAGCGGAGCAAGCCGACCCUCGGCGUCGCCUGUAAGUGUAAGAGGAUGCGAGGGACUCUGGAGCCUGAGGGAAAGGGUGCUAGGAUGGUUUGACCCGGAAGGGAUCGCAAAGCCAAAAGGGCAACUCGAUUUUAGCAAGGAAGGCGCCGGUCCGAGUUCCAUGACAGGACCUGGGAUGAUUGAGGGAGGGCUUAGGAAGGUGGUGUUGUCCCUCACGCGUGCUCUAAGCAAAAACCAGGAAUACUUGGCCGACGCCAAGAAAAAGCUGACUUUCGAUGGCGGAAACAUCACCAAGUUCCUAAUCGGUUAUGAAAAUCUAGCAGCCUUACUAAGAUGGACUGAGGAGGAAAAGAUGGAGCACCUAGGCCAGCAUGUGUCACUCAACUUAGGUAGGGACAUAAUGGCAAUCGUCGCAACAAGCGGAUCAUGGAAAGAGGCCAGGGACGUGAUGAUGAGGAAGUAUCUAGCAGACGAAAAGAUGGCCACGGAGGCGGAACUGGCUACAGUGCAGAGGAAGAAUUUCGCAACAUACAGCGACUUCCUAAGGGAGUUUACUCUCGUAGCACUACGAAUCCCCGGAGUGACAGAUCGAAUAAUGAGCAAGUACUUCCUAAAGCAGUUCACCGAGUUUGACAAAGAUAAGAUUUUGUCCGCCUACCAGCAGACAGCAAAGUUCCUGAACACUAGAGACGUAGAUUUCAGCACUAUAACGGAUAUUGCAGAGAAGAUGGUGGUGACUGACUCGUUGGCCCUGCUAAAAGAAGGAGAGAUCAUAGAUUUGACAGGCAAGACUGGAGAUAAAGUGAAGAAAGGAAUCGAAAGCCUGCACGAGCGGGUCUAUGGGGUUGACGGCAAGAUAGAGAGAGUAGAGAAUGCCUUACUCGUGAUGCAAGCCCAGGUCUCGCAAACGCAAGCAGUACGACCUCCCCUUCCGCCACAAGAGGCAAUCGUACCCCCAGGGAUAGCCAACCGCGGCAAUAAUCGAAAGGACCCGGCCAAUGAGCAGUGCAAGUACUGCACGAUAGUCGGGCAUUUUGUCUGUAUGUGUCCCAGGCUUAACCACGAUAUCAUCCUUAAACGGUGCUUUAGAACUUUGCGCGGUGAAAUCCUGGGGCCACGAGGAGAGAGGGUAAACUGGAACUCGCUGGGAGGGAUGCGCAGAGCAGUAAUCGCACUUAACAACCUGGAUGCAGCCGCGGUUGAGGCCGAACCAGUAGAGGAACUUACCUGGGGACAGGCACCCGGGCGAGGGCACCAGGUCAACUUCAUCACCGAGAGUGAUGACCGCGACGGGGUUAACGUGACCACUAGACAACGGGGUGCUACAAAGAAGGUAAUUCAGGAUGCAGUCAUGGCACACGCGCAGGAAGGAUCGAAUCCGCCAGCAGAAUCGGACCAGGACAAAGUUUACGGCAAGCCUAGGGAGGAGGCGCCCGUAGACAAAGUAACAUCCGCAAAGAAGAAAUUUAGGUACCAGAUCCCUAUCCUUGCCGAUCCUGAGAUAGACCAUACCCUUAGCCAGUUAGUUGCUAGGGACCAUGGUAUCGGUUUCCUUCCAGACCAUGUUGCAGGCUAGUCCUAGACUACUAAAGGGCCUAAGACAGCUGCUAACAAGGCAAAGGGUGGAAGUAGC